AUGACCGAUAUUUCUGUACCAAUAAAAGAAGAAAAUGAAAAGGAAUUAGAGGAAGAAGAUAAUAAUGAAUGGAAGAAUUCUGUCGGAUUAAAUAGAAAACGUGCCUUAGAUCCUCGUAAAAUCGAAGUUUUACGUUGGGGAAUGAAACGAGCUUUUGAAUUUUCGCUUCUAGGACGUCCAGAAAGGUGUGCAAUAAAACAAGGAUUAGCAGCAAUUGAAUCUCUUCAACAGCAAUUAAAUUUUGCUGAAACUGAAUUAAAUAUGUCAAAUUGUGAAAAUGGGAGAUUACAACGAGAAUUGGAACAUAAAGAUUUAGAAAUGAAAAAACAGAAAGAUGAAGUGCAGAAUGAAAGGCAGCAGAGAAAGCGUGAAUUGAAGGCUGAAUUGGAAUUGUUAAGGAAGGAGAGAGUAGAAGAAUCUGCUGCCUAUAACCGUCAAGUUGGAGAAUUGAGCAAAACUUUGAAUGAAAAAGUCCAUAUAAUAGGCGAUUUAAAUGAUAAAGUUGCCCAACUUGGAGCAGAAUUAGAUAUUUGUCGUUGUCAAUUAAUUACUUCACAAAAAGAGGAUGUUUCUUUAAAAGCUCAAAAUGCUGAAAUGACUAAAGAAGUUAAAAGGCUUGUGGAGGAAUUGGAAAGGGUUAAAGCCGAUUUGGUUAAAGUCAUGGAAGAAAAACAAAAGUGA